AUGCAGCAGGACAAAGGAAGGAUUUAUUAUGGCAGAUUUGUUCAAAGAGAAAAAUUGAGUUAAGGUAUAUAGAGAAUAAUACUGUUAGGUUCAUUUGGAGUAGUUUAUAUUUGUCAUGAUAAAGUCACAAGAGAUUAUGUUGCUAUAAAAGUGGAGAAAGAAAAUAAAAAUUUAAUGAGUUUAGAACGAGAAAUCUAAAUUAUAGAGGAACUAAGAGGAAUAACAGGUAAUACUAUAUUUAAUUAAUUUUAGGUGUUCCAAAGUUGUAUUGGUAUGGAAAUGAGUAUAAUUAAAAUUGUAUGGCUAUGCAAUUACUUGGAAGAGAUUUAGCUCAUUUUUAAAAGAAAUUUAAGAAACUCUCAUUAAAAACAGUAUGCAACUUGGCUGAAUAAUUACUAACUAUUCUAGAAGAGAUUCAUAAAAGGUACCAUAUCAAAAUAUUUAAAGGGGUGUUAUUCAUAGAGAUAUAAAACCAGAAAAUAUCUUGAUGGGAAGAGGAAAUGAUUCUUAAUAAGUCUAUAUGGUUGAUUUUGGAAUAUCUAAAAAAUAUCGUAAUAACAAUUAGCAUAUGUAAAAUAAUUAAUUUUUAUCUAGUUCAUUCUAAGAAAAUAAACCUUUUUUAGGCACAACUAGAUAUGCAAGUAUUUCUGCUCAUAAGGGUUAUGAAUUAUCAAGAAAGGAUGAUUUAGAAAGUUUAGGAUAUGUUUUUAUUUAUUUACUUAGAGGUAUAUAUAUAAUUUAAAAAUUAGGAAAUCUACCAUGGUAAAACAUUACAUCUACAUCAGAUAAAGAGAAAACAAAAUUAGUGGGUAAAUUAAAAAUGGAACUAGAAUUGAAAGACUUAUGUAAAGGAUUGCCAAUUGAAUUUUAUAGAUACAUGGAUUAUGUUUACAAAUUGAAAUUUGCAUCUACACCAGAUUAUAAAUAUUUAUUAGGUUUGUUUUAAAGAAUAGCUCAAUAAAAUAAUAUAAAUUUUGAUAGAAAAUUUGAUUGGAUGGACAAUCAAACAACAUCUACUAAAUCUUCAGAUUAAGCUCAAUAAUCUUCAAAUGAAAUUGAUAUUUCAAAUUUAUAAAGUGAUUAUCUCAAAUUGAAAAAGAGUGAAAAACAUAAAUCUUAUCAGAUAGAUUAAAAUUCGUAAUAAUCUUCAGUUGUUAUCAAUUAUGCUCCUUCAAUUGUAUCUAAUAGAAAUAAUAGAUAUUUUUAAAGAUCUCGAUAAAAUUCAAAAUAAUCUUAUUCUAGAGAAUCUUCAUUAAUAAAAUAACCUUAAGGAUAGAAAUUUUAAGGUGCAUUUUUUUUAAAUCGAGAAUUUAAAGAUUUUGAUGAUCAUGAUCAUGAAAACAAAGAAAAAAAAAGUCCAAUUAAUUUUUCUGAGUUUGAUGAUAUUGAUAAUUUUGAUGAUGAAUUAAAUGAUGAUGAUUAAUAGAUUCAUUAAGAUUAAAGGAAAGUUGGAAUUAUAAAAGUUCAUUUUAAGGAGCAUUUAUCAAAACAAUGA